AUGCUCGCCAACUCGGCCGCCGCCAGCUUGGUCGUCUCCGUUGCCGGCGCCGCCGGCCAGCGGCCGGAGCCGCCGGCAAGGCUUGCCCAGCGGAGGCUGCUGCCCGCAGGCCCAUCUCGCAGGGCAAGGGCUGCAUCCAACGGCUUCAGAACGCACUGCAUGAAGACCUGGAACCCAUUCACCAACACUAGGUACGAGGCGCUGUCGUAUCUGCCGCCGCUGACGCCGGAGUCCGUCGCCAAGGAGGUGGAGUUCAUCAUGGCCAAAGGAUGGGUGCCCUGCCUCGAGUUCGACAAGGCCGGAGAGAUCCACCGGAGCAACAGCCGGAUGCCGGGGUACUACGACGGCCGGUACUGGACGCUGUGGAAGCUGCCCAUGUUCGGCUGCGCCGACGCGGCGGAGGUGCUCCGGGAGGUGGAAGAGUGCCGGAGGGAGUACCCGGACGCCUACAUCCGUCUCAUCGCCUUCGACAGCUUGCGCCAGUGCCAGUGCAUGUCCUUCGUCGUCCACAAGCCCGCCCAUGCUCCGGCGGCGGCAGCGCCAGCUUCAAACUGAGUCUGGCCUCGCCAUGGCUUCAGGCUUCAGACCGUCAGCUACUGGGGUCUCCAUGCAAUGAUGAACCCUAUUUGAUUUCUCUCUGUUCUAAUGUUGAAUUGAUCCACUGUUUUUUCAAUACUGAUUAGAUGAAAAUAAAAGAUUUUAGACGAUAACAAGGCGACAAAAACGAUUGUUUGGAUCUCGUUUUGCUUGCACAAUCUGAACAUUGGAGAU